CCAACAGACAUAUCAGUCGAUCAAUAAAUGAAAAUCCAGUUAUUACUGUCAAUGUGCUUAUUAUUGUAGGCAAGAGGAUUAUGGAAGCAAAAGGAAAGAACACAAUUUACCGGUGCAAACGUCAACAUCUGAAGGCUUGAACAGGUUAAGAAUCAGACAUUAGUCACAGCACCAGUCAUGUUUUCCCAGAAAGUAUGAGACACUGCUUGAUACUUGAUGUUUGAUGCAGGUUGUUUUUGAUUUAAAGCAUUUGUCACACCAAUCGUUUUUGCCUGGCAAAAUAUUUUGGCUCAGAUAACAACACAGGCUGAACCUGAAUUUAAGUACGGUCCUUCUCUGGACGGUUCAAAUAACAAAAUUAAGUCUUUGUUGUGGCCUAGUUAAAGUCUGGACUUCAAUCCAAUUGCAAUCCCGUAGUGUGAAACAGGUUGCUCAUGCUUAAAAACUCUCAAAUGUGGCUAAACAAUCAAUUCCUCAGCACAACUGGUUGGCACUUAACACAAAGGGCUGAUGGCAAUUGUUACCGCCAAGGGUGCAGAACCAAUUAUUAGGGUUAGAAGCUCAGGUUCAUUUCAAUGUCUUAUUUCCCUCAAUUAAGAAAAUAAAUGUUUGUUGAUGGCAAAGUUCAUUUAAAUAACUUAUGGAAAAUCAGAAGAAAUCUGCAAUGGAGCAAAUGCUUUUGGACUACUCUGCAGAGAGGACUAGACUCUGCAGUUAGGAAUGCUACCCUGCAAGGGUUGAAAACAAUGGCAAAGUGGGAGGAGACAGAAUGACAGAGAGAGAAGCUGAGAGGAAGCUAGAGACCCAAGACAGGAAGACAAACCAGUGUAGCAGGUUUGCGUCACUGUACGCAGUUCAUCAUGCAAAGCUGAUGGAAAGAGAAGAAGAGCGACAAAGAGAGAAAGAGAGGAGUUUGGUGCUGAUGUCACCACUGAGCGCUGUCCACAUCGACCGACAUGAUGGCUUGGGAUGUGAUCAGAGGACACGUUUUGUGAAGGUCCUGGAAGUUUGUCACUGAAGCUGAGAAUUGACAUUUGAAGUCUCGGAAAACAAAUUCAGAAGAGGAACCAAAGAAGACUGUCUAAGUGCCAACCAUGUUUAGGGAUACAUCCAGAGUAUUUUGUUUUUGAAAUAAGCUUUUUCUGUUUUAUUGCAAAAGUUCUUCAAAAAGACUGGGACCUGUCAAACAUCAGUAUCUACUUGUCUCUUUUUGAGAAACACAAUUUUAUUAAAAAAAAAAAAUCUUUUUUAACUCUCAAACAAUGGACCUGCUCCCACCUUCAACAAGUGAAAAUAACCCACAGAGGACGGGUACACGCUUCACUGUCCGCUCAGCUAACUCUCCUUCGUACAGUCUCAGUCGUAGGACAGGGAUAAGGAAGAGGCUGACAGCUGAGAAUGCUGAUGACACCAAUUGUUCAAACACAAAAGAGGACUUGGGUUUUGUCUACCAGAAAGACAUCAACCAGAAUGAUACAGUCGAGAGAAGUCCCCAAGAGAAUGGGACUGAUGCUGGAGGAAGCCUGGCACUCCAUGGCCUGGGCAGGACAGAGGGAAGGGGAGGCAACUUGCCAAACAGAAGUAUGAGUUUAGACUGGAGAUCAAAGCCAAGAAGGACUGCCACAGCUGGCGAACCCGGAUUGCUUGGUAAAAAAGAAGCUAGAGGUUUCGAGGAAGGAAGGACAGAAAUUGAGAAAAUACCGAGAGGUCGGGUUUCUUCCUCAAGUCCAAGUUACUUUGAAGACAAUCGCUCAGUAAAUCACAGUGACUUUGCAGACAGAGUCAGUAAGAACAGCACACUUCCUGUCAGAUUUAAGACUGAGUCUGGGCCUGGCUCGAGGCUCGACUGUCCGUCAGGGACCCAAGGUGGGCAGAGCAUCAAAGAACGCAUACAGAAACUCUUUGAAUCUGCUGGUGAUACAACAGCUGGGGGAACCUUUCCCAGGCGGUUCUCAUCGUGUGACGACUGCAUUCCGGUGAGAAAAGCAGCGGCAACCAUGUGGGCUCCAAAGGAAGCAAAUCCUCCAAGCUCUGAGACGUCAGCUUCUUUUGAGACAGUCAAACUCAAAGGGAGAUCAACAGACACACGUAGGCAAGAAGAGUUAAGUAGCAAGUAUUUAGGGGAAGAUGGUUACUGGAGGGAGACAAUAGAAACGGGCACAAAGUCCUUGGACAGAGCGAGGAGCAGGAACACAUUCGCAGGUCGAAUUAGGUCUGCCAGGACCGCAAUUGGCAUGGUACAGCCCCAAACAUAUGAAGAAUCCAUGCUUACACAGAGAAAAUGGUACAAUCAAGAAGACAGAAGAACAGACGUGACUGAAAUUAGUAAAGCCCAGAAGAGCAAUAAAGAAAUAGAUGAAGGAACAAAACAACAAAGUAAACCCUGGAGUGGAAUUGGAGACGACGUUUUUUAUGCAAAGCCAAGUGAGGGCACCCUGCCAUCGCCAGAGUGGAAAAAACUUCCAGAGAUUCAGUCCUCCUCUUCAGCCAGUGUGAGAAAUAAGAUAAAUCAGUUUGAAGCUCUGACACAGAGAGCAGCAAGCGAAGUACAGAUCGUAAGGCGAACUUUCUCUGUACAGGCACAGCCCUGCCAACCCCAAAACAGGAUUAAGAAGAGCGGGUCCGCAAAAUACAUAGGUGAGCGAAGCUAUAGGUGGGAGACGGAGACAGAUGGAAGCAGUGAAAAAAGGACAAUGUUUGCAUCAGAGAAGUCUUUAUCACUGGUUGACUUAGGAAUCAAACCAGGAAUGUCAGAGACAGAUUCAGGUAAUUCAUUAGACAGAAGGGAAAACGAUUUAUCCAGCCACAAGAAAACUUUGCACAUCCCUCUCAAUGAAGGAGCGCAAAAGCGCAGCAGAUUUCUUUUCGCCAAGGACUCAAACUUGAGAGACACUGUGACAUUAACACAUACAUCAGACAUGCAGCCAAGGCCACAGUGGGAAAUUUCUUCACCAGUUAGUGAUGAUGACAAGACUCCAACAAACACCCCUCUGAACACCUCUCCUUUUCCUUCUCCCUUCCAAGAACCAGAGGGUUUCUUUCCCAUUGCAGAUAACAUGAGCCUUCAUGUCACUGGGCAAGAAGUCAAAGCUAAAGACACAGACUCUACUCUUCCUCCUCCAGUCAUUCUCUCCCAGACCAGUGAGUCAGACGUUUUCAUAACAGACAACGAAAAACCUAGAGACAAUGAUUCCCUAGAUCUCCCUCCCGACACUUCUUGCCAAAACAACUUGUCGGAUGUCUCCUGUUCAAAUAUAAAAGCAGAAUUACCUAAAGGGAGGAAACAGCUGUUGGAUCUGAAAGCAUGGAUAGCCGGCCUGGACCCAGAGUAUAAAACCUGGAACGAAUACAUGGAGGGGAGUGAGGAUGAUGAUGAAAGCACACAGAAGGAUGAUGAUUCAAACGACUCUGACUCUGGGGAUUCUUCAGCGACCAUAACGAGCAACACGAGCCAGUCAGAAAACAGGAGUUUCAGCCUCAGUCUUUCAAACUUGUGCUACUUCUCUGGUACUGACAUCGAAUCAGAUAAUGACGAUGAUUGGCAGCUGCCAGGCCGACGAUCUGCCUCAUUAAGCUCAGAUGUCUCUGCCUUUUCCUGCGUCUCUCUGCUUCCCUCUGAUGAGCUCGACAAGCUGGUAGAGGAAGUCAAGAACCUAGGGGAAGAAACAUUACAGGACUACGAUGAUGUACAGGUGGUGGUUCUGCACAAGGAGGUGGGAGUAGGACUUGGCUUCAGUCUGGCAGGGGGUGUAGACCAAAACAAACCUGUCACUGUGCACAAGGUUUUUAACUCAGGCGUUGCAGCCCAGGAGGGUUCGAUUAGUGAGGGAGACCACGUCUUGUCCAUUAACGGCACUGCCUUUUCAAAAAGUACUCACGGGGAGGCUCUGAGGACCCUCAAAAAGGCAAAGAGUCGAGAGAUGGCAGUGGUGGUGGUGAGGAAAGGUGACCUCAGUCAGACAGAGACUCAGUAUGAGACAGGCCAGCGUGUGUGUAUCCAGCUCGAGAAGAACAGCAGGGGUCUGGGUUUUAGCCUGAAGGGAGGUGGGGAUUCCUAUCUAGGGAACAGACCACUCACCGUCCAGAAGAUCUUCCAGCGUGGUCCUGUUGACAAGGUGUUCCCUGGUGAUGAGAUUUUAGAAAUUCAAGGCUUCAGUGUGGUGGGGAGGAGACGCCUGGAAGUGUGGAAUUUCAUCAAAACUCUUGCCUCAGGGCCUGUGGAGGUGGUGCUACGGCGGCCGCUUAAAGUUACGCAAUUAUGAGGACAGUCCUGAUGAUUCACCUUGUUCACAAUUUAAAGAAUGUGGACCAACCAGAAACUCAGAAGCUGUACAACUGACGGCUUUGGAUCCUGCCAUGGAAACCAACUUUUCAAAACAAAACCGUCUGGACUUUGAAUGCGUUGAACAAACAGUCAUCAUGAUGGUAUGAGCAACGGAAGUCAAAAACCAGGUCAAAGGUGUACAUUUUUCUUAUUAUGUGUCUUAAUGUAAAUCUACCUCAAGGCCUGAGAUGUUCAGUGUAAUAAAUUGUAUAAAUGUUUUACACAUUUAUAAAACCAACCAACAUUUAAGAAGAAAAAAUGUUGCAAAUAUGUAAAAAUCUG